AAUUUUAAAUAUUGAACUAAAUUAAUUAUAAUUUAGUCAACUGGCAUAUUUAAGAACAUUUUUAUGGUAAAAUAAUUUUAUAAACCUUUUAUAAUUUAACUUAAAAUUAGUAACACAUCUAUGUACUUAAACUUCUCGUCAAAACAACCCUUCGCAAUAAAGCAAAAAAGUUGAGAAAACAAACACCAAUUAAAAAGUAUAAGCUUAUUGCUAGACAUUUUUUAGUGCAAUUUAUGUUUAUUAUACAUAUGGUAUAUAAUAUAAUUAGGAUAAUUUAAUUUUGAUCGAUGCACAUGCAUCUAGCAUAUACCAAUACAUACCCAAGUACGUACAUAUACCGCAAAUUUUAAUGAAAUUCACAGCUAAAGUGAGAUUAGUUGAGUGCGAUAAGAGGAGCACCAAUGUGUUUGAAAUUGAAAGUGUAGCGAUUUAUUUAGCAGGCAGGGACUUUUAACGGCGUUUGUGAAGGGUGUUCCAAAAAGAACGCAAGAUUAGAGUUUUUUGCCAUUUAUGUAGUAAAGUGUUGACAACUGUGAAAAAAAAGCCACAGAUCACAGUUUAAGUUUAGUAAAAAUGGAGCUUUAAACGAAAGAGCAAAAAAUAAUAAAAGCUUGGUGACCGCAGUUCAAAAAUUUCAUACAAAAUAUGGACGAAAUAGUGCUUUAACAUCGUCAACUGUGAAAAUUUAUUGAAAUGGCGGCAAAUUGAAAUCUUGUGUUAAUUUUCAGACACUUUUUAUAUCCGAAACUCAUAUUUCCACACAAUGGAACUCCUUACUACAGUGGAACAAUGUGAAAAAUCUCAAAUAGCCCAAUGGUAUGCCGGCAAAAGCAUACUCAUUACCGGCGCCACAGGUUUUAUGGGCAAGGUGUUGGUGGAGAAAUUGUUGCGCAGCUGUCCGGAUGUGAAAAGGAUCUAUCUGCUCAUAAGAUCCAAGAAAGGUGUCGAUCCAUUGAUACGCAAGGAUCAGUUUUUCAAAUGUGUGAUUUUCAAUAAAAUUUUAAAAGAAAAUCCUGAAAUUGCGAAUAAAAUUCAAGUCAUCAAAGGUGAUGUGUUGGAAAAAAAUCUUGGUUUGAGCGCAAAUGACACAAACGUAUUAGUAUCGAAUGUUGAAGUGAUAUUCCAUUGUGCGGCUAACGUGAGAUUUGAUCAACCCCUGCGACCUAUGGUUCAAAUGAACGUUGUGGGCACAUUGAAAUUGCUGCAGUUGGCUGAAAAAAUGGCCAAUCUCCAAGUGAUCAUACACGUAUCGACAUCAUACUGUCAAUGCAAUGAAAGUGUUUUGGAAGAGCGCGCCUAUCCAGCACCACAAAAUCCCUACGAUGUAAUAAAAAUGGUGGAAGAAAUGAGCGAUGAGGCGUUGCUGGAAAUAACACCAAGACUGUUAAAUGGACUACCCAACACAUAUGCCUAUAGUAAAGCGCUCACUGAAGAUCUGAUUUGUAGAUAUGGAAAAAAUUUGCCUAUCAUUAUUACCCGACCAUCGAUUGUUACUGCUGCAAUUAAGGAACCCCUGCCUGGUUGGAUAGAAGGUGUUAAUGGGCCUACCGGUCUUAUGAUUGGCGCAGCACGUGGCGUAAUUCGUUCAAUGCAUUGCAACCCUGACUAUUCAUCAACAGUUAUACCAGUAGAUACAGCCAUUAAUGGAAUGAUAAUUGCGGGAUAUAAUCGCAGCAAGUCAAAAGAACAAGGAAAUGUGGAGUUUUGUAAUCUUUGCAUAUCAAAGAAAGCUCUCUUUUCUUGGGGUGAAAGUAUUGAGACUGGCAAGCGAUUUUUCUAUGACUUUCCACUAAGCUACGCAUUGUGGUAUCCAGAUGGCUCAAUCAAAAAGAAUUAUUACCAUCAUUUAUUUUGUGUGAUUUUCUUUCACUACUUUCCGGCAUACCUCAUUGAUUUUCUCUUAUUACUUUUUGGGCGAAAACGAUUUAUGGUGCAUGUUCAAAACAAAAUUUCAACGGGACUGAAAUUAUUGCAGUACUACACGACUAAAGACUGGGACUUUAGAAAUGAGAAAUUCCAACGUUUAAGUGAUAACCUAAAUCAAUUAGAUCAGAAAAUUUUCGACGCCUCUGCUAGUCAAGUUAACUGGGAGCAAUACAUACGAGGCUAUAUAAUUGGCAUGCGCACAUAUAUACUUGGAGAGAAUGAAGAUACAAUUCCACAGGCCAAGAAAGUUCUACGUCGCUUAUAUAUUCUGGAUCGUUUAACAAAAUAUACCAUUUGUAUAUUAUUUUUUUGGUUUUUGUGGGCUCAUCUAGAAAACUUUGUUGAACGAAGUGAUGCUAUAAUACGUUCAUCUUUACAUAUAAUUUAUAAAGACACUAAUAAAACUCUUCAUAUAUAGUACAAUUUUUGAUUUUUAAAAGUAUAACCUGUUAAUAUUUUGUAUUUUUUAAGAAUAUUACUUUUAUUCAUUUUAAAA